AUGUGUACCGCCGGUAUACUUAACUUAUAUAAACUGACAAAUUCGCCAGCCGUGUUACUGGUUGUUUAUUUUUGUGUUAUCUAUUGUACAUCAGUGGUAGUAGUGAGUGCACGAGAGGUAAAAACUCAACAAAAGACACAAGAAGCGGUUGCAAUACCUAAUAAUUCUAUCGGUAGAAAUGAAGCUAAGAAUAACGAGCCUGUAAAGGAAGUUAAGUUAACGGUGGUUAGCGGCAAAGUUGACCAGAAAUUAAACUGCAGUGAUCCAAAAUCGGAAAAUAAGACGGAAUGUUCAAUGUCCAGUGAUACCGAGGGAGCUAACGCCUAUGUUAGGCAGAUCAUAAACCAGAUGUCUCAGAACAGAGGCAUGCUCAUGCGAACCUUGUAUGUUACGUUGAGCAUAACUGGUCUUGUUGUCGCCUACUUUGUAAUUAAAUCUGUCUGGUUACGAAGAAAGCGUACUAAGUCAAGCAUGUAUGGAGUGUUACCAGUACGUGGUGAUCGUAGAGACAUGGAGAUGAAGCCACUUGGAGAUGGGGAUGAUGACGAUGAUGAUGACUAUACAGUAUUUGAAGUAAAUGGACGGAAAAGAUAG